GAUGCACGUCAAGUGACGAUUUAUCCGCCAUUAAAGAGAACGUUUUACUAAAGUGGUACAGACGUUUAAGGAAGUGUGCUUUUUAAUAAUAAAGUUAAUGUUAAAUAAUAAAAUAUUCAUAAUCUCACAUCACAAAUACUAUCUACUGGAUUUCCGUAUUAAGGAUUACGUGUAGCUUCGUUGUGGAAAAUUACUAAUGUAAAGUUUGGUGAACUACCAUAUAGCCUUCACGAAUCAUAAAAGGCUUUCAUUGAAAAACCAGUUUUAGUUUUUUUAUUUUAUUGUUUAGACCUGCAAAAUGCCGAGAAAAUCUGAAAAAUUAUUAAAACUGAAAAUAGGAAAACCCGGUCGGAGUCAUUUUUACAAUCAUGAUGAUCGUGUACCAUCAGCAGAAGAUGCGAAAUUUCCUUCAAGGUCACGAGGAUUCAGUAAAUCCCAUGAAUUUAAGCCUGCAUAUAAUCGAAUAAAAAAACUCACAAUGGCCAUUGAAGAACAUUUGGAUGGUGACGUUGUAAUGGGCUCGCAUAAAAGCAGUAAUGGAAGACGAGUAGCUUUUCGAAAUAGACAAGGUAUUAUAAAAUCUGGGUCCAGUAGUGAUCGUCAGUCUACAUCAUCAGGAAGUAGACCUAGACCAUUGAUGACUGGAGAUACUAGUUGGUAUAAAAUAACCAUACCUUUUGGUAGCAAGUACGAUAAGGAUUACAUAAUCAAUAACCUUUUGAGUAGUAUAGCUCCCAACACAUUUAUACCUAUCAUGUAUCGAGUGAUAGGACAAGAAGCAGUUUUUUACGUAGACGAGCAAAAAACAGCAAACCAAUUGCUUAGCUGUGAUCGGAAAAUAACAACCCCAGAUAACUUUAAAAUAUCAGUCAGAGUACGACCUGGUUAUCCAAAUUGCCAAAUAGAUGAAUCUUUAAAAGAAAAAUUAAAACUAGCUAUGGCUAAAAGAUAUGUUGAGGCUAAUAAUGCCCUAGAUUUAUCAUGUUUUCACCAUGACCCAGACCUUGUUGGAGAAUAUUUUUGCGCCUUAUUCAAGCCAGCUAUGUUGGGAGUAGUUUUAGACAUUGUUGCCCAAGCCAUUCCGAAUUUAGAGGCUUUGAAUCUUGACAACAACAAACUGUCUGCAUUAAAUAAAUUAACUGUCUUGAAAGAGAAGUUCGCCAGUUUGAAAAUUCUAUAUAUUGGUGAUAAUAAGAUUAAAGACAUGCAUCAAAUAGACAUCAUCAAAGACUUGAAAUUAAAUGAACUUCGACUGGAAGGAAAUCCAAUAUGCAACAGAUACCGAAAUCGUCGUGAUGAAUAUGUCAGUGACAUCCGGAAGAGGUUUCCAAAGCUUCUUCGAUUGGAUGGAAACGAGCUUCCAAAACCCAUUUUAUUUGACGUCGCAGAUGAAGGAGCAAAACUUCCUCCUAGCCAAAGGAUAUUCUCAGCAAACGCUAAAGCCCAAGAAAUUGCCAAUCAAUUCAUGCAACAAUAUUUCACUAUUUUUGAUAGUGAUUCUCGACAACCUCUUUUGGUCGCAUAUCAUACAGAAGCUACUUUCAGUUUAGUUGUAAAUGCCUCUCCUCAAAUCCAGAAAUUCAAUGUUUAUCUAUCAAACAAUAGGAAUCUAUUCAGAACUAAUGAUACAUCUAGAAGAAAAAAGUUGUUGAAGCAAGGAAGGUUGCCUGUUGUUACCUGUCUAACAGAAAUGCCUAAAACGCAACAUUAUCCAAACACAUUCACCAUGGAUAUUGCACUUGUAACAGAUACCAUGAUGGUCAUCACAGUGACUGGAAUCUUCAAAGAGAUAGGAACGAAAGAUGAACCAUUACGCUACUUUGACCGUACUUUUAUCAUUGUUCCUGAAGGAACUGGAUAUUGUAUAAAAAAUGAACAACUCCAAUUGGGUGCACCAACAACAUCUCAAGAAAGACAAGUGGCAGAAGGACCAACAGUAACAUUUACUUCAGAACAAGCUGCUCAACCUGUAGCUGCACCAGCACCAGUUGCAAGUAGUGAACCUACAGAUGAAGUCAAGAAAAAUAUGACGAUGGAAUUAAGUCGUGUAACAAAUAUGAACCUCGACUGGAGUCUCAAAUGCUUACAAGAGGUGCAAUGGAAUUUUGAUACAGCUUUAGCAGCAUUCAACGAAUUUUUCCAACGUGGACAAAUCCCUCAAGAAGCAUUUAACAAGUAAAGUUAUUACCAUUAUUACAUUAAAUUAUCAAUUAUUUUCUUUUGUUUUCCUUAUGAUGAAGGAAUUACUUAGAUAAAAUGAUUAAAGUCUUUUUUUGUCUCAUUGUUUAAGAAUGAAAUAAUUAGAGUAUAUAAUGUUAAUAACUUACAUUUAGAUAAUAAAUUUAUUUUGAAUAAUCAAUUGCACAACCCAUUUUCAAUUUAAUAUUAUCUUGUUAUGGUCAAAUUGAAAAAGGGUAUGUUCAAAUAGUCUCGAUCUAAAAAUCGUUUCCAAUUCGAAUAAUUGAUAAUGAGAAAUUCACAGUAUAUAAAAUGAAAUAUAAAUAUUCUAUAAAUUUUAGAACUGCCAAAUAUAAUUACUAAAAAAAAAAAAAUCUAUAAAUAUAAAUUGUAACUAAAGUAAAACAUCAAAAUAUUUUUUCAUAAAAUCGUUUAAAAGUUGUUCUUGAACUAGUAUGUCUUCGUAUAAAAAUUAACUUUAUCAUUAUUACUGAGUGCUAGCAAAAUGAAA